AUGCGUUCAACGUUCCUUCCGGCAGGCUUGCUCGGCCUCCUGUUGUUGAUAGGUUCCGUCGCCACUGAGCAAGAUGACCUCGGAAGCGUUCUUCAGUCCAAGUCAAACCUGUCUACCUAUUACAACUUAAUUAAGAAAUAUCCUGAAGUCAUCCUUAGACUUCCUAGCUACAACGGCGUCACGAUCGUUGCGCCGUCCAACGCGGCUUUCGAGAACAUCCCCGGCACCCAACUAAACGGCAUCUGGAACGAAUCAGAUCCCUCAAUCGCCGUCCCCAUCCUGGAAUACCACAUCCUGCAAGGCACGGUCUCAACCCGUGCUCUCGAGUUGGGCCCGCCGGUGUUGCGCUCCUCGCUGUUACAGAAUCCAGCCUGGACCAACGUCACCGGCGGACAGAACGUCAUGGUGAACAAGCAGCCCGGCAACGUGAUCGUCUUCACCUCGGCGCAAGGCAUCCGUACCACCCAGGUCGAAGGGGACAUCAAGUUCGCCGGCGGCCUCAUCCAGGUGGUCGACAAUCUCCUUAUCCCUCCCGUCAGACUGGAGAACACGACCGAAUCCUUCAAGCUCCCCGCCUUCCUCGGCGCCUUAUACACCGCCAAACUCUUACCUUUGGUGGCAGAGAAGAAGAAUGUAACAAUCUUCGCCCCUCGCAACGAGGCCUUCCAGCGUGUCGCCGGGUCACUCCAGGACAUGGACGAAGACGAGGUCAGGAACUUCCUCAACUACCACGUGGUCAAGGGCCAGAUCCUCGCGUCCUCGGACCUGAAGAACGGCACAAACCUUCCUACCCUGGCCAACCAGAGCCUCAACGUCAUCCGCUCCGGCAACAACCUCUUCCUCAACUCGGCGCAGAUCAUCCAGCCGGAUAUUCUUCUCGCCAACGGUAUCAUGCACAUCGUCGAUAACGUCCUGAACCCGGACGUGGCGUCGGCCAAGCCGAAUCCUACCGCCGUUAGCCAGGCGCCCGUCUACCCCGAGAGCUCGGCCUCGGGCCUGCCUUUCACCUCGGCGAUUCCUUGCACCGUAAGCUGCCCCGUGACGACCACUGCUACUCCCACUGCUGCGGCGUCGACGAGGGCCUCGACAACGGCGGUCCGGACCACCACCAGCCCCGGUGCCGCGGUGCGGACAGGCGUGGCGGCGGGGGCGGCCCUGCUCGCGGGCUUGGCCGCGCUGGCUUGA